AUGUUGAAUCGAAUUUUAAUUUUAACCAUUGCACUCUUAUCGAUAACUGCCGGUGCUGACAAAACGAAAAUCGACGAAAGAGCUCUUAGUUAUUUGAAGCGCUACGGUUAUAGUACAUGCGAGUCGUCAUCAACAUCAAAAGUUCGAUGUAGUGAAAGUCCUGCAUUAAUGUUAAAAACAUUUCAACGUUACUUCGGUCUGAAGAUUACCGGCAAACUUGACAAGUCAACAAGAGCGAUGAUGAAUCGUCCCCGAUGUACCGUUAUUGACAAACCGAGUCGAAGUCAUGGCCCGCUGGGAAUGGCUAGUGGCUUCAAAUGGCCUCGUUUAUCAUUAAAAUACCGAAUCGAAUCGUUUGCUACCGAUAGACAAAUCAAACAAGAAGAUCAAAUACGCAUAAUCGAAGAAGCAUUCAAUGAAUGGUCCAAAUACACCAGUAUAAAAUUUGUAAUGGUGUGCCCUUCAUGCCCAGCAGAUAUGUUCAUAAGAUUUGAGAGAGGCGAUCAUGGCGAUGGAUCAGCAUUUAGUGAAAGUACGUUGGCACAUGCUUUUUUUCCAACAGAUGGCAGAAUUCAUUUUAAUUCUGACUUUACAUGGACAGCAUCGUAA